AUGUGCUCAGCGUGUGAAAAAGGAAAACAAACCAAGUCGUCAUUCAAACCCAAGUCUUGUUCUAGCAUAGCUGUUCCUCUUCAUUUACUACACAUGGACUUGUUUGGAGCUAUUCCUGUUCGUUCCCAAGGAGGAAACAAGUAUACUCUGGUGGUUGUGGAUGAGUUUACUCGAUUUACAUGGGUGGUUUUCUUGAAGAAGAAAAGUCAUGCUGAACAGGAAAUCAUCUCCCUGAUUCGUCAAAACGAGACACUGACUGGUCUCAAAUGCAUUGAAGAAUCCAUUCAUGUAAAGUUUGAUGAGGAAUCAUACACUCAUGAAAAAGCAGCUCAUUCCUCCUCUAUCUUUCAAGAGCUUCUCUCUUGCCCAUAUGAUGAAGUUUCUCAUACCGAAAAAGAAGCUAUUAUUCCUGAUCCUAUCGUUCCAGAUCCAAAUUUUACUGAAUAUUCUCCUGCAACUGAUGUUCCUUUCAGCAAUAACACUUCAGUGUCAAAUCCAUUGGAAUUAGCUUCCGGACAUCGAGAUCAUCCUGUUGAUCAAAUUAUUGGGAAUCUUCAUGAUGGUGUCCGAACCAGAUCACGUGUAUCUAAUAACUUUUGCAUUGAGGUUCCAUCAGAGUUCUUUCCAGAAGAAGUAUGUGAAUUCUACUACACCGCAACGGUUAAUGAUGAAAAAACGUCAUCUCCGGGAUUAUUGGGUGUGGCCGACACUCAGUUUUUAUCACCGCGGAUCUCCUCACUGCUGCGCUCAGAUGUUCAUCGCGGUCUUGGACUUGAUGAUUUUGUCAAUUUCUUAGUCUCACGCCGACUUCGAUACGCAACCAGUGAGGUUCCAUCAGAGUUCAUUCCAGAACAAGUAUGUGAAUUCUACUACACUGCAACGGUUAAUGAUGAAAACAACGUCAUCACCGGGAUUAUUGGGUGUGGCCGACGCUCAGUUUUUAUCACCGCUGAUCUGCUCACUGCUGCGCUCAGGUUACCUAUUUUUGAAUCAUUCUCUGAGCUUCCACCUAUUGAACGCUGUCGAUGCCUCUUUGAUCAACUGGGCUAUGAUCAAUCGAAGGCUGGUGCUCGAUCAACUCUAAUUCUACGUCAAUGUGUGACUCCAGGAUGGAAGUUCUUCACUAGGGCACUGUGCAAAUGUGACGGUGGUCAUCUCUCCCCUCAACUUUCUCAUCAUACUCUUUCUGUCACUGAGAGGGUUCACUCAGCUCAAGGGGAGCAACCAUCUCAGGGGGAGCAACCAUCUCAGAAGGAGCAACCAUCCCAGGGGGAGCAACAUCGGUCACAAGAUGUUCCAGGUACUCAGUUCAUUCAUAUACCGACCUCACCAUUUAAUGAGCUUCUUACACUGACUCGGGACAUGAGUCGGCGUCCUCUACGAAUUGAGGCUGAUGUCCACCAACUGAAGGGAGUUCUUUUGCCAACUCCUUCCCCUGGACCACAACAUGAUGAUGAUCAAAAAGGGGGAGAAACUGGCUCUGUUGAGCUUGGAUCUGAAGAUAACAUUUUAAACCAGACCGAGCCACCACAGCCUGUGCACGAGUCUGAUAAAAUAGCAGAACCUGAAAAGCCUACUGACGAGUCUGAUAGACCAGUAGAUACUGAAAAGCUUGCUGAAGAUAGUGAGCAUGAUGAUGAGGAUGAACAUGAUGAUGAAUGUCAGAUGCUUGACAUGAACUUCAUUGAUCCCACUGUGCCAAUUCAAGAAGAAGCCUCAGAUGAUAAUGAAGAUGAACAUGAUGAUGAGUGUCAAAUGCUAGAUAUGAACUUCAUUGAUCCUACUGUGCCAGUUCAAGGAGAAGACUCAGACUGCACCACAUAA